UUUUUUUUCUAUAUAAGAUUUUCAUUAUGAAAUUAACUGAAAAACCUGGUUUUUUCCCAGAAUAUUAUCAAAAUAUUAAAAAUGUUGUAGAUGAUGAAAUUAUUAAGAAAUUCUCAAUUUUUGAAAAUGAUUUUGAACGUGUUAGUUAUAUAGAGAAUUUGAAAAAUGUACGAGAUAAUGACUUAAAACUUCAAAGAACCUUUCAUGGGAAAAAUCUCUCUCAAUCAAUGGAUUACAAAGAAAAGGGAAAUUUAGCUUUUAAAAACCAAAGAUGGAUUGAGGCAUUAACACUAUAUUCGAAAAGUUUAAUAGUCGCACCCAAAGAAGAUAAAAAUCAUUUAGCAAUAUUAUUUGCUAACAGAUCAGCAUCUCUAUUUCAUAUGGAAAGAUAUGAUGAAACAUUAUUAGAUAUACACAGAUCAGUUGAAUUAGGUUAUCCUCGAGACAUGAUACACAAAAUACUUGAAAGGGAAGCUCAGUGUUAUUUAUCGAAAAAGAAUUUCCUUAACGCUAUGACUUCAUUUAAGAAAACAAUUUCUGCUCUAGAUGAUUCAAAGCUAUCUCUUGAAAAACGACAAAAAAUUGAAAAAGACUGCUUGAUUAUGAUUAAAAUGUUGGAAAAAGAUCCAAAUUCUAAAUCUAUGGCUGAAAAAUUAAAUAAACUUAAAAUUACUAGCUCAAAGGAAACUGUGAACGAAGAAUACAUUAGCGAUGCAAUUAAGGUUGACUUUUCACCAGAAGAAGGUCGUUUCAUAAGAGCAGCAAGAAAUGUUGAAGUUGGAGAUGAAAUUUUAAUUGAAAAUCCUAACGUUUGUGCACUUUUAGAAAAAUUUUGUCAAAGUCAUUGCCAAAAUUGCUUUUUACGGACUGUUACACCGAUCCCAUGCAAUAAUUGCACUGAUAUAAUAUUUUGCUCUGAAAAAUGCUUAAAAGACGCGACUUACCAUGAAUAUGAAUGCGGAAUAUUGCCAACAUUUUGGAAAUCAGGCGCAUCAAUUAAUUGUCAUUUAGCGCUACGUAUUAUAGCAUGCAAACCUUUAGAAUAUUUUAAAAAAAUAAAAUCUGAGAUAGACAUUGAUUUGGACUUUGAACAUUUGAAAAAAUUGCCAACGAAUGAUUAUCGUCGAAUAUGUAAUUUAGUUCGUCAUGAACGUAAACGAAAUCCUUCGGGUUUUUUCCAGUAUACUCUCAUGGCUAGGUUUUUAAGUCAAUUAUUACAUGUUUCUGAUUAUUUUGGAGCAAACCCUUCUAAAGAUGAUGUUUUGUAUAUAACCAGUUUAAUAUUAAGAAAUUUACAAUUUCUUCAGUUUAAUACUCACGAAAUAUCUGAACUGCAUCAAGCAACAAAAAUGAAUGCCUCAGCUAAAACGGUUUUUAUUGGUGGUGGAAUAUACCCCACCUUAGCACUGUUCAAUCAUUCUUGUGAUCCAGGAAUAGUGAGAUAUUUCAAAGGUACAAAAAUUUAUGUAAAUGCUAUCAAAGACGUUGAAUCUGGUUUACAAAUAUCAGAAAAUUAUGGUCCCCUUUAUGCACAAGAAUGCAGGGAAGACCGUCAAGUAAAAUUAAUUGAUUUGUAUUGGUUUGAUUGUCAAUGUGACGCUUGCCUCGAAAAUUGGCCAAAAUAUGAAGAUAUGAAGAAUGAUGUAAUUAGAUUUAGGUGUGAUGCUGACAUCAAAUGCAACGGUAUAAUCGAAGUCCCACCAGAUGUUAAUGAAUUUAUGAUUAAAUGUCAGAAAUGCGGUCAGUUAACUAAUAUUUUGAAAGGCUUAAAAGUUAUGCAGGACACGGAACAAAUAACGAAAAUUGCUAAAAGACUUUAUGAUGCUGGUGAUUAUUGCAAAGCUUUACAGAAAAACAUUGACUUGCUUAAAAUGAUGAACAAAGUACUUGCUCCACCUUUUACUGAUUAUCUUCAAGUGCAGCAAAGUAUACGAGAUUGCUACUUAAAUUUGGGAAAUGCAUACGCUCUAAAUUAAAAACUGCAAUAUUGACUUUGCUGUUAUGAAACUAGUUUAAAAAACUUUUUUAAUAAAAUUUUGAUUGUUAAUGAAAUAAAUAUUUAUUUAUAAUACAAAUUUCAAAUAAAAAAAACUUUUUACUUACAAGAA